CAUAGAAGCACUGGAUUAAUUGCGAUUGUCUUUCCUCCUUCAGGUCCCGGUCCCAGGAUGUGACCCGACUUGACUCUCCUCAUCACCCCUUUUCCUUUUUCCUCCUAUUUUUUUUCCGUUCAUAGUACCCCAUGUCGAAGAAGAAACGUGCUAUUUCUCUGGCGUACCACUAGAAAUCAGAAUUAAGCAUGUUCUAACUCGUUAUGUACGUUUCUCUGUUGCAAGCAAUUAUCCCUCCCACUCGUGGCCCAACGGAGGCUCCGCCAGCAUCUUUUCCAUUGCACGCAGCAUCACACACGGCAAGAAUUGGGCUUCAUUUCAAUUUGAUUGCACCAUCGAUAGUUCGCCAUCUCAACGCGUGCCGAAAACUGGGUGAAGCAACGCUGGGUUGGAUUGGCGCGCGGGGUGUUGCAGUAGCAGCAACGCGUCAUUGCAACCGCGUCGAGAGGACAUGGCGGAUGAUAGUUAGAAGGCAGCUAGCUGUCCACUUUUCCUUCCAGCGAUCCUCGGCAACAUCGGUAAACAAACUGAGGAAUUCCAAUUCAAUCCCAAGUCGAGCCAGUAGAGGUCCGAGCUCCCUCGCAGACUCGAGUCCGGGCCAGCUAGAGCCAGGAAACGAUCCAAGUUCCACACAGCUUGCUUGCUUUGUCCGGCCCCCCCAGUUUCCGCCUCCACUGUCCGUUGUUGGCGGCGAUGGUGGUUGCCUGAGGUCUCGAUUGACCCCUCACCAGCAACAGAACUUUGAGGUGAGCUCCCCCCCUUCCGCCCACCGCUUUAUCCUCCUGCCCUGCUUCUCACAGAGGUACGUACCUUUUUGCUGGAGCUGCCUGCCUUUGCACUCCCGCCACCCCCCGAAUCUUCCCAUUCCUCGCAGCCUUUCCUCUCCUUCCCCCUUUUCAUCCCCAUCAUUCUGCAACGCCCAGGCAUCCAAACCAGCCAAAAUACACCUCCGGACAGACUGUCUUUUGGUCAAUUGACCCCAAUCCGCCUCCUGUAUCACAAUGUCUAGCCGCAAGAGAAAGCAGGUUGAGGAGGAGGAGCU